AUGUGCGCUAAGGAAACAAAACCGUACAAAAAACUUCCAGAACUUUUUUCCAAAGGAGAACAAAUAAUAUCUAAUGAUAAUCCUGGCUUAGACAAACAUUCCCACGAUAAUGACCCUUGCAAACCUACUGGAUAUGACGAUAAAACAUCCCUUAAUUAUGAAUUUGGUAAGAUUAAACUACUUCAACGCGAAAUUGACCAAGAAGUUGAAAACUUGGGUGAAACUACUGAUGCUUUAAAUAGUCCGCCUAAUAGUCCCUCCGAUGUGAAUAGUAUGUCUGAUGUUUUGUCCGAUUUCGCGAAAACUUCUACUCCAAUUGAAGCAAACCAGUAUCCCCUUAACAAUGAACAGAAAAAGCAACUUGAUUCUAUAAUCACUUUGUUUCCUGAUUUUGAUAAACAUGGUCUAGGCAGAACGAAACUAAUAGAACACAAAAUUGAUGUAGGAGACGGAGGUGUUACAAUAGAUCCCGAAAAGAUUAGUGCGAUAGUCAGUUGGCCUGUUCCUAAAAAUCUCAAACAAGUGAGAGGUUUCCUUGGAUUGGCGGGAUGGUAUCGCAGAUUCAUUGAGAACUUUUCCACAGAGGUGUGUCCCAUUACCGACGUCCUCUCAACCAAGAAAAAGUUUACAUGGACACCUGAGGCGCAGGCAGCAUUUGAACGAGUUAAACAUCUGUUGACAACUGCUCCUGUAUUGACAAAUCCGGACUUUUCGAAGAAGUUUUUCCUGCACUGUGACGCGAGUGAUUAUGGCAUUGGCGCAGUUCUGGUGCAAUUGGAUGCUCAAGAUGAAGAAAAGCCUAUUGCAUUCAUGAGUAAAAAGCUUAAUGCAGCGCAGCGUAAUUACUCCGUCACAGAGCGGGAAUGCUUGGCAGCAUUGGAAGCCAUCAAAAAGUUCCGAUGCUAUUUAGAAAUGCAGGACAAAAAAACACAAAAUCAAAGCAAAUAUCCUGAUGUUAAAGUAGAAGAUAAGUACGUGUAUAUACGUACUGAACACUAUAUCGGCGAUGAAGAGCAAGAAAACUUGACAUGGAAAUUGUGGAUACCCUACAGACUUCGAGAAGAUACUAUCAAAAGAGCACACGAUUCCCCUACAGCUGCGCAUGGCGGUAUGAUUAAAACAUUAGACUUAUUGAGAAGAAAUUGCUAUUGGCCUGGUUUGAUAAAGGAUGUUAGAAACUAUGUGAGGAAUUGCGACACUUGUAAGGCUACCAAAGCACCCAACUUUGUAUUAAAACCACCUAUGGGUAAUCCUGCAAUAUCCGUGAGACCGUUUCAGCGAUUAUAUGUCGACCUUUUAGGACCUUAUCCUAGGAGUUCUCAACAGCAGGUAAAUUUCGAGUAA